AUGACCUGGAAAGAAUGGCAUUUCCUCACGCCGCACUGGGUUGACAGAUGGGUUGACAGAAAUGAUCCGGUGCAUGUUGGGCUGCGGGACUAUGGUGAAUAUGACGAGGUACCCGUUAGAGUUAUUCCGAGUAUAGACUUCGCUGUGUUUGCUAGGGAUGAUAUUGGUGUGGACCAUGAUAUUUGGAAGAACGAAAAGGAUGGCCGUCUUAUGAUGUUCGAAGUUUAUGAAUUGCUGGAAGCAGCUGAAGCUUCUCACCGAAGCUUGGCUCAAAGUUAG